CUACCAUUCCAAGCCUCAUGUUGAAAUGGCAAGCUUUCCGGAUGACGUUCUCAGACACGUCUUUUCAUUUCUCCCGCUAGAGACACUCGCUCAAUGCCGCUUGCUUAGCCGAUCAGCGGAGCCCUUAGCGAGGGCUUUCCUGUUCCGGCAUGUCCGUCUCGAGAUGGGCUGCGAUGUCAAGCUGUUCCUCAACAUCGCCAAAACUGAGAGGCUGAGACCUUUUGUUCGAGAAAUCACAGUGGAUCUUUCGCAGGAGCGCCCAGACAGCGAUGGGGCCGAGUAUGCCCGUGGUAUCCAAAUUCAGUCAUGUCGACAAACACUGAGGGCUAUUCCGCUCGUCAGACUUUUCAGUGGGCUAAAGACUUUGAAUCUGAGGUUUAGCGGGCCAGAUGUCUAUUCCAACGGUACGGAGACGGAGGAGGUGUCUCCACCCACAUUCCCAUCAACAUUUACAGAAAAUAUUCUCCAAUGUAUUUCUGGGUGCUGGACAAAGGAAUCUCAGGACCAGUGGGUGCGUGACUUGCACAGAUGGCCUAUAACCAGGGACGAAGCUCCUGGGAACCUCAUGGUUGUGUCAGAACCGGGUGAUUCCGGCCUACUCGAGGAGUUAGAACACUUCGGCGCCGUGCAACCCUCUCCAGGUCCAGCCAUCAAUCUUUCGACCUUGACAAUAUCCAAUCUCUCUGAGCAGGAUUCGGAUUAUCUCGCCUCUUCCAGCGCGAUGAGAAGUUUCUUCGAGACACAGUCAUUGUCGACUCUGCAGCUACUGACCACCUCCGGACCACACGCUGAUGACAACAGUCCCAGUCAUGGGAAGGUCCUGCACAAUAGAUACAAAUUUUUCCAAAGUGUUCCCUCGACCUGGCUGUCCCCUUCGGUGGCAGACCGCCUGCGCACCUUAUCCCUAUUUUCGCAGGAAUACUGGGGCUAUAUCCCGAAGAUGGACUUGAGAUCCCUGGGAAGACUCCCGAACCUCAGGACACUGGCUCUGGGAAGGUAUGUUUUCACCCAUCAGUGGCAGGUUGACUGGGUGGCAGGGCUCGGCUCCGAAAACGGACGAGGGGGUCUCCAAGAGCUCUACCUGGACGACUGUCCGAUAAUGUGGCGAAGCCGAGUCCCCCCUCCACUAGACAACGAAGGAUUCCCGCGGGAAGAGCUCCUGUCGUUGGGAAGGUUCCAUCCCAAAUAUAAGUUUGCCGUCGCCGACUUUGGUCUCCGCUGGAGCAGUGUCCUGGAUGAAUGGCGUCAGAAAGUCCCGUCUCUGAAGGUCUUCAGAAUGGGCUGUGGUAAUUGGGACGGAGUGGACAGCACCGCAGUAGCAAUGGCGCAGGCGGGCUGCCGUGCCCCAGCCACCGUCCUCUGGUAUCCCGUGCGACAGACGGGGUGCCAGUCUAAAGCUGCCCGUGACGCGCUCUCGAGGAGGAAGCGCCGGGCCACUGAUGCAGUGCAUCUGAACUACGACAAACCUCCGGCCGAGGCCCUUUAUCAAUACGGCCCGGACGCCAUCCGGGAUGGGGCUGGCUUGGGGCAAGAAUGGAUUCUACGUUAUGUCCACUUCGAGAUCGGUGUAUUUGAGGGCCCGUCUUGGGACGGUGAGGACUUGGAAGCUGCUCUCGAACUCGAGUUCGAGGAUGGACAUCAGCGAUACGUGGACAUCAAGCUCCAGGAUGAAGAGGCACUCGACGCGCUCUAUGCCUCUAUAGGCUGUCAUAACUACCGUGAGGUCGUCGCCCGGUACAAGCGGGCAUAUGAUACGGCGUUCAAAAAGGAAACCCAAGCGAUCAUAGCUUCAGCAUCGCAGAAGAUGCCCAGAGAGGAUGCUCCAGUCAGGCCCGAUUGGGAUUAA